AUGCGUGAAGUCAUUAGCUUGAACGUCGGCCAGGCCGGUUGCCAAAUCGCCAACAGCUGCUGGGAGCUCUACUGCCUCGAGCACGGCAUUCAGCCAGACGGUUACCUCACUGAGGAGCGCAAGGCCGCCGACGACGACCAUGGCUUCUCUACCUUCUUCUCCGAGACCGGCCAGGGCAAGUACGUCCCACGCACCAUCUACGCCGAUCUCGAGCCCAAUGUCGUCGACGAGGUCCGCACCGGCACCUACCGCUCCCUCUUCCACCCAGAGCAGAUGAUCACUGGCAAGGAGGAUGCGUCCAACAACUACGCUCGUGGCCACUACACCGUCGGCAAGGAGCUUAUCGACCAGGUCUUGGACAAGGUCCGACAGGUGGCCGACAACUGCUCUGGUCUUCAGGGUUUCCUUGUCUUCCACAGCUUCGGUGGUGGUACUGGAUCUGGUUUCGGUGCCCUCCUGAUGGAGCGCCUGUCGGUCGACUACGGCAAGAAGUGCAAGCUGGAGUUCUGCGUCUACCCAGCCCCUCAGGUCGCCACCUCGGUCGUCGAGCCAUACAAUUCGAUCCUCACUACCCACACCACCCUCGAGCACAGCGACUGCUCGUUCAUGGUCGACAACGAGGCCAUCUACGACAUCUGCCGCCGCAACCUCGGCAUUGAGCGUCCAAACUACGAGAACCUGAACCGCCUGAUCGCUCAGGUCGUCUCUUCCAUCACCGCCUCUCUCCGCUUCGACGGCUCCCUCAACGUCGACUUGAACGAGUUCCAGACCAACCUGGUGCCCUACCCACGUAUCCACUUCCCACUGGUUGCCUACGCUCCAAUUGUCUCCGCGGCCAAGGCUGCCCAUGAGGCCAACAGCGUGCAGGAGAUCAGCAUGUCCUGCUUCGAGCCCAACAGCCAGAUGGUCAAGUGUGACCCCCGCAACGGCAAGUACAUGGCCACUUGCCUGCUUUACCGUGGCGAUGUCGUCCCCAAGGACGUCCACCAGGCCGUUGCCACCCUCAAGACCAAGCGCACCAUCCAGUUCGUCGACUGGUGCCCAACUGGGUUCAAGAUCGGUAUCUGCUACCAGCCACCACAGAUGGUGCCAAACGGCGAUCUCGCCAAGGUCAACCGCGCCGUCUGCAUGCUGUCCAACACCACCGCCAUCGCCGAGGCCUGGUCUGCUCUCUCCCACAAGUUCGACCUCAUGUACAGCAAGCGUGCCUUCGUUCACUGGUACGUUGGUGAGGGUAUGGAGGAGGGUGAGUUCUCUGAGGCUCGUGAGGACUUGGCUGCCCUCGAACGCGACUAUGAGGAAGUCGCUGCCGACUCCGCUGAGGGCGAGGAGGGUGCCGAGGCUGAAUACUAG